AAGUAUGCCCACAGGAGAUAUCCCAGUGGAGACACUCGCACGAUUCGAGAAGGACGUGAAGCGAACCGACACCGGGUUCCUGGCGUUAGCAACAGAGGUGGAAACCGACGGAGAGAAGACCUCGGAACCUCCAGGAGAAAUCAAGAAAUUGCUGAAGGAAUUCCAAGACAUUCUUCCUGAUGAUCUACCGAACGAGCUACCGCCAUACCCCACGCAUCAACACGAGAUCAUAGAGGAACCAGGUUCGAAGCCGACCUUCCGAGCACCAUAUCGACUCAGCCCUACGGAGCUGACCGACAUGAAGAAGCAGAUCGAGUAUCUCCUAGCCAAAGGACUCAUCCGACCAUCUACUUCACCAUACGGUGCCCCAGUACUCUUCACCCCGAAACCGGACGGAAGCCUGCGCAUGUGCAUCGACUACCGAGCUCUUAACAAGCAGACCAUCAAGAACAAGUAUCCGAUACCACGAAUCGAUGACCUGCUUGACCAGCUUCGGGGAGCUACGGUAUUUUCCAAACUGGAUCUGCGGUCCGGAUACUGGCAGAUACGGAUGGGGGACAACUCUAUCUACAAAUGGCAGACAACGGAUCGUACGACGACGUUCCAAGCAGAAAUGAACCACAUCCUACGCCCACUCUUGGACGAAUGCGUGGUGGUGUACCUGGACGACAUCCUCAUCUACUCGCGCGACAUGAAGCAGCACGUCGAACACCUGCGACGUGUCUUCGAAAUUCUUCGACGAGAACGUUUCUACGUCAAAAUAUCCAAGAGCGAAUUCGCCCUGGAGAAGGUCCAAUUUCUAGGACACAUGGUGAGCGCUCAAGGAGUUCACGUCGACCCCAAGAAAAUCGAAGCCGUACGUACGUGGAAGACACCCGAGAACUAUGCGAAAAUCGCGGCACCACUCACGAAUCUGCUGAAGAAGAACACGCCCUACAAAUGGGAGACGAAGCACCAGGAAGCCGUGGAGCAACUGAAACAAGCACUGACAUCCGCACCGGUGCUCAUCUUGCCAGAUCCCAAACGUGACUACGUCAUUGAAGCAGACGCUAGUGAUCAGGCCGUGGGAGCAGUCUUGAUGCAAGACCAGGGGAAUGGACUGCAACCAAUUGCCUACCUCAGCAAGAAACUGCACGGGGUAGAACUCAACUACCCGAUACACGACAAAGAGGCUCUUGCUAUUGUCAUCGCCUUCAAAGCAUGGAGAUGUUAUCUCGAAGGACGUCAAACAACAGUCUGCACCGACCACUACAGUCUGAAAUAUCUGAAGACACAACCAACCCUUUCCAGGCGGCAGGGCGAGGGUUGGUGGUGUUUGACAAUCUCAUUCUCGAACUUUUCCAGAUCGAACUGCUUCCCUUCUCGUUUUUACUAGGUGAUUCAUGGCUGCCUAGCCAAAUUACCAGAAUAUCCCCUCACACUGAUUUCGUCAUAAUCGGCGGCUCAGAUCUUGGUUA